AUGAGCGAUUUAUGCCCCCGUCCUGGUCGCCGCCGCUCGUGGGCCCACACUGCAUUCCUAGGGUGCACGAUCCCGCUAUCUUCGGCCUUGGCUGGUACCCCUUCGACGAGCGUAUCUUGUGACGAGCUUGGGUUCAUCAACUCAGAAACUUGUGCGAGGAUCGUGCGCGACACGGAUGUGUUCGAGUUGCCCAUUGCGCACGACGUCAAGGAUUUUAUCCUUACUGGUCGGGUUCUGUGCGCCUUCCAGAACUCCUCCCGGGAUGUCAACUCCGCGAGAGCAGCAUCGCGCGCUUGCUCGGCGACCUGCAGCUGA